CCGAGAUGGAAUGGGCGAUGGCACAUCUGUUGACAACGGCCCGGAUCAGCCAACCAAAAAAGCACGUCUUGCCGUAAACUCUGCCGCCACUGCGCCCGAGGAAAAACGAUUACGCAGGCAUGUUCCUCUCCAACUCAACCAUCAUAGAAUACACUGACCAAUGCUGACCAAGCCAAACCUUACUCACAGAUACCGUCCUCAACCUCCCAAAUCCUUUCAUGACCUCUACUUGCGCGCCACAACCCAGCGCUUCUACGUCCUCUCUCGUGUCCGCCGUGGCAAGCGCCGCCCCUUGGCCACCUCGUCCUCCGGCCCGGACGGAGGAGCAGCUGAGGAGGAGCAGGAGGAGGAGGAGGAGCUGUCCGAGACCGUCGAGCUGACGGGGUCGACGGGCAACAUCUACACGGUGACCAUCUCCCGCCAGCCGACGUGCGACUGCCCGCACGCGCGAAAGGGCAACCAGUGUAAGCACGUCGUGUACGUGCUGGCACGCGUGCUGCGCGCCAAGUUUGAUUACGUCUAUCAGUUGGCGCUUCUAGGGUCCGAGGUGAGGGAGAUCCUGGACGGGGCGCCGCCGCCCUCGGGGGAGGGGGGUCCCGACAGUGAUGGUCGUGAGGAGGGAAAAGGGAAGCGGAAACCCGUGGAGGGAGAUUGUCCGAUUUGCUUCUGCGAGAUGGGGGAGAGUGAGGGCGCUGAGCCGGUGGUGUGGUGCCGAGCGGCCUGCGGACAGAACGUGCACAAGGCUUGCUUCGAGACCUGGGCGGCUACCAAGAGGAGGCAGGCUAGUAGUGGCGGCGACGAGGUGACGUGUCCAUAUUGUAGGAGCGCGUGGGAGGGAGACGAGGACAUGCUGAAGACGAUACGGAGGGAUGGGAAGCGGAAUGCGGAUGGCUAUAUCAACGUCGCUUCGCAGCUGGGGAUCAGCACACAGCGAGGUGAGUCUUCCCAGAAUAAUCUACGCAGUAAGUCAGCUCCAACUGCCAGAUUUCUGACAUUUGCCUAGACUACAGCACGUAUUCGAGAUGGUGGUCCGGUCACCCUGACAGCUAUCGCCGCCGGUAUUACUGAGAAACAAAGGAUGGGGCGUGCCGGUGUGGAUACUCCCGAGGAGGCAGCUCUGGCUGAAGACAGACUGCGCAAUGGCUGCAUAAAAUUUCCUUCCUAUAUAUUGAUGACCUCUUUUGGUAAGCGAUGCAUUAGGUGCUCGCACUCCGGUGCUUAUCUAAACGAAAGGGAGUGAGUUCAAGAAGAUCAAGUUGCAACGGCCGGUCUAUCAUGGGUAUAAUAGUUAUUCGACGGUUCUCGAGCCUAUUCUCCGCUCAGUUU